AUGGUGGAGCAGCUGGGCUGGUACCUGGAGAGAGGAGGAGCCUCACGCAAAGCCCAGGAGGAAAUGGACGGAUGUGGUUCCGGCGGGGUCUUCUCAGAAAGGCCAAGUCCCCAAGAGGAAGUGGCCCUGGCUGAGCCCCGAGCCCGUUCGCCCUCGUACCCUGCCUCGUCCCCUCUCGACAUCCUGCCGCUGGUCGUGAUGCUCUCAGAGGCUCGGGCUCAUUCCUUGGCCGUGUACCGGCCCCUCACGGAAGGAGUGAUCGGGACGAGCCCCCUUGGGGGCAGGCACAUGAGAGGCGUGAUUAGAGCACCCCGCGGGUCCCUCCUUCGAGCGUCCCCGAGCCGGGCAGAGGCUGGAGCUCCUGGGAAGUGUGUGAACGUGGGGCUCCCGGGGAGCCACGGGGGGUGGCUGGAGGGUGCAGGGCGGAAGGCGGAAGCGGUGAAGGCCGCCACAUUCGCCGGAGGACGGACCCCGCUGUCGGAGCGGCUCCCUGGGGAGGUCCCGGCCUCCUCGGCCCUGCUUCCAGCCCUGGAGGGGAACCUAAGAGAUAGUCAGAACAAUUCCACCCAGGUCACGUUCUGGGCUGGCAUCCUACAAGCCCAGAUGUGUGUCCUCGACCUAGAAGAGGAGUUAGAGAAGACAGACGUGUUCCGAGAAGAGCUGAGGCGCUGCAUACCUUCCCCCAUGGAGCUCCCAAACUUCUCCCCAAGUGGGCAAGCUUCCCAGGACCAGGGCACUGGCCCAAGGUCCUUGCACAUGGCAGAUGACUCCUCACAAGACAGCAGUGGGCCAGAGGAAGAUCAAAGAGAGAUUCAACAAGAGGACCCUCUCGGCUCUCCUGUGGAGUGGGGGGAAGAAGAGGAGAGCUUGUUUUUUGACAAUCCCCUCUUCCUGGAGAGCCCGACCUCAGUCACUGGUGCUCCUGAAGAAUCUUCUUGGAGCCUCCCAGUAUCUGAUGGAGAGGAGAGGACUGAGCACUGCAGGUUUGAAUCAGAGACUCAGUGGACCCAGAGAUCACUACUUGAGGGAAGAGGUGGUUCUUGGGACCCAGAGAAUGAGCCAGAAUCAGUAGCUGAUCCUGAUAGAGAGACUGACCCCUUGCAUCCGGUGCCCACCUACAAGCUGCAUUAUCAGUCCUGGGUGAAACAGGAUUGUGCCAGUGUGCCUGCCUCUGUCUCCAGUCCUCUGACGGUACAGGAGACCUUGUCGGUUCAGGACAGCCACACAUACCAAUGGACCACAGAGCUUCCCUCCGGUGUAGACGAGGAGAGAGAAUCAGGUCAGAGCGAUGCUGAGAAUGCUUGGCCACCAGCUCCAGAGCCCUGUGUGGCACCUGCUUCAUUCGAGGAGCCUGAUAGCCCAAGCAUGGAGGUUGCUGGCCUCAACCCUCUCUCCAGCUCCUGCUCUAGCCCCAGCCCCAGUCUUAACCCUAGUUGGAACCCCAGCCCUCUGCAGCCCUCGGAGGGGAGUCUUCCCCAGAACAGUGCCUUCCCUGAGUGGAGAAUACUAGCUACUUCCUGCCCUUCAUCCUUGGAAAAGAAGGGAGCAGAUCCCGAUUCCCUGAAGAAGACAACUGAGCCUUUGCCCCUGGAGAAGACAGUGGAGCCCCAAGAGGAAGUCAAGCCAGAAGAGGCUGGGGAGGCCCAACAGGAUGUCAGCCCAGCACCACCCAGUACCGGAGAACAUCUCCAAAGCACUGACCCCCAAAAGGAGCUCCAGGGAGAAGAGAAGAGGCCAGACGUUAAAGACAAGGUUGCCAAUGGGAUCAGCCCAGACCAAAUGGCUUGGAAACUGGCUUCAAGCCUCUACCAUUUGGAUGGCUUCCGGAAAUCCGAGGUGGCUGCAUACCUUCAGAAGAACAAUGACUUCAGCAGGGAUGUGGCUGAGAAGUACCUGUCCUUCUUCCAGUUUAAAGAUAAGAGCUUGGACCAAGCCCUUCGGGGCUUCCUCCAGGCUCUGGUGUUGAGUGGGGAGACUCAGGAGCGAGAGAGAAUCCUGUAUCAAUUCUCCAAGCGUUUCCACCAUUGCAACCCUGGGGCCUUCUCAUCAGCAGAUGCUGUCCACACCCUGACUUGUGCACUCAUGCUCCUUAACACAGAUUUGCAUGGACAGAAUAUUGGCAAGAGCAUGACCUGUCAGGAAUUUAUAACCAACCUGAAUGGCUUGAAGGAUGGUGGGAACUUCCCCAAGGAGCAGCUGAAGGCACUCUACUGGUCCAUCCGCAGUGAGAAGCUAGAAUGGGCAAUGGAUGAAGAGGAGGAAGGAGCCAUGAAGCCCAUGAAGCCCAGGCCAUCCAUUUCGGGCAGCCAGAAGAGACGUAAUACUUUUGUUCAGUUGGUCCACGACCCUACUGUACCCACUUACAAGCAAGGGCUCCUCGCUCGAAAGAUGCACGCUGAUGUUGAUGGGAAAAAGACUCCGUGGGGGAAGCGUGGCUGGAAGAUGUUCCACACCCUGCUUCGAGGGAUGGUACUCUACUUCCUGAAGGGAGAAGAGUCUUGUCCAGAAAACUGGUACCCAGAUGGGCCCAUGCCAGAGGAAGCUGUGGGGGUACAUCAUGCACUGGCAAUCCCUGCUGUCCAUUACACCAAGAAACCUCAUGUCUUUCAACUGCGCACGGCUGAUUGGCGUCUCUACCUCUUCCAUGCCCCAACUGCCAAGGAGAUGAGUUCUUGGAUCGCUCGGAUUAACUUGGCUGCAGCCACCCACUCUGCGCCACCCUUUCCUGCUGCCGUGGGCUCUCAGAGGAAAUUUGUCCGACCCAUCCUACCCACUGGCCCAGCCCGGAGCUCCCUGGAGGAACAACAUCGAUCCCAUGAGAGCUGUUUGGAUGCUGCCUCUGAUGACUUAAUCGAUCUCCAGAGAAACCUGCCUGAGCGGAGAGGCCGAAGCCGAGACUUGGAGGAAUACAGGCUCCGGAAAGAGUACCUGGAGUAUGAGGACCGACACGAAAACAGAAGGCUCCGUCUCGAAUCGCGCGGCAUCAGCAAGGCUGACUCCUCACAGAACCCCGCUUCGGCUCUUCCCUCCAGCGUCCUCACACAGACCUUCACCCACACUCCCACCCGCACGCCCAGGAUGGGCCCUGCCAGUGUCCCAGCCCCCCAGCCCUCCUGCCUCCCUCCCCUCGGCUCCCUGACCCUGGGCCUGAUGCACCUGCUCUUCUCCGGCCGGGCUCCCUACCGGAAGGUCGGUCGGAAGAAGCCCGACCGCCCCGAUGACUUCCACCGCGUGGGAGGCCACGAUCAAGAACCCAAGAGUCCUGGAACUCCCUGGUCAAGAGAGACAGCCAUCUCCCUCUGA